CUGCAGGAGACCCUCCAACACUAGCAGUGCAGAUAACCCUCCUGAUGCCUACUCACUCCUGAUGAGCCUGUGAGGGCUUAUAUCUCUCCUUGGGAUUCACUCGCUCCUCAAGAUGUCACAAGAUUGGAAUCUACAAUCUCUUCUCUGACUUUGGCUCAAGCCCCCCGUGAUACAGUGGAACUCCUGACCUUCCAGGCUCCCGAGAAUUUGGCUACACUUGAAAUUCCACAUUUGGGACCUUGUGUGCAUCAGCCUUAGCUCCCCACGACUUCUCCAGUGGGGCUGGUUUUCCCCCAUCCCGGUCUUCCCACCAACGGAGAAGGACUGAGUAAGAGCUGCUCAGAACUGGUGGGUCUGCAAACUUCAAGGCCAAGAAGGAGCAAAGUUCUCCUUUUAGAGAACCCAUCAUGGCUCCGGACAGGGAGGUAUUUCUCAAAAGCUUAUUUAUGAUCACUUCUUGAAUUGCCAACUGCCUUGAAAUUUCACCUAUUCCACCUCCUUCCUCUUUGAGUCUCGUUCGCCAGUGGGAAGGGCCUGAAAGAGGAAGUACAAGAGUGAGAAUAAGUGAGCGCAGAAGGGCUGGAAGAUGAAGCAGACUGCAGUUGGUUCUCGCUGACACACGCCACCAAGGAGGACCCGUGUGAGGAGAAAAUGCACCUGCUGCUGCUGUUCUAUCUCCUCCGCCGGCUCGCAGGCUCAUCUUCCAUCACCGGCCCCAAAGCAGUGAGCAGCCUAGAGAGGGGCUCGUUGACUGUGCAGUGUCGAUACAGCCCUGGGUGGGAGAAGCAUGUGAAGUGGUGGUGCCGAGGAGCUGCUUGGAGCAGCUGCGAGUUCGUCGUUAAAACCACUGAACCAGAGAAGGAGGUGAAGAAGGACCGCGUGUCCAUCAGGGACAACAGGAAAAACCGCACCAUCGCCGUGACCAUGGAGAAGCUCAGGCUAAACGAUGCAGACACUUACUGGUGUGGGAUUGAGAGAUUUGGAACUGACCUUGGGGUCCAAGUUAAAGUGACCAUUGACCCAGCACCAACCGCAGUGCCGGCCACCACUCCUGCCACCUCUUCUAUCAACACGUUCACAGUGCCAGUCAGCUUGGAACAGACCAGUGACUCCCUGGCUGUGACCAGCCCCGGCUCCAACAGCGGUGUCUUCCUGAAGACCAGCAUCCUCCUUCCCUUCAUCUCUGCUGUGUUGCUUCUUCUCUUGAUGGUGGCCUCACUUGUGGUUUGGAGAAUGAUGAAACAACAGAAGAAAGCUGCUGGGAUAUCCCCAGAGCAGGUGCUUCAGCCCGAGGAGGGCGACAUCUGCUACACAAACCUGAGCCUGCAGCAGACUGAAAACUCUGGGUCAUCCCGGAAGAUGGCUUCCACGAGGUCCUCUUCCCCCGCCCAGGCCAACGUGGAGGAAGUGGAUUAUGUCACCAUGGUUUCCUUUCUCAAGGAAGACAUUGCCCGUACAGCUCUGUCUUUGGAAACCUCAGAUCAAGAGCCAACCUAUAGCAACAUGGGGCACCUCAUCACCCGCAUUCCCAGCAGGAGCCAUGAGGAACCCACGGAAUACAGCGCCAUCAAGAAGCCUUAGCCUGCGCUCCAGGUGCCCCUCUCAGACCCACUCGAGGCCUCUGAGUACGUUCCUGCUUCAUCUGCUCUCUGCCUGCCCCCCAGUCCCCUCAUGGGACCAGCCAGGUCCUGAGGCCUCCGUCUGAUACAGUCAGCAUCGUGGCCAGCUAUGGUUUGGGCUCGGGGCCUAGUCUCAGGGAGCUUCUGGGAGUUAGACAGGGGUCUUUCCACAUCCCUUUCUCUCCCACACAGCUUGGGAGGGGGCUGGGGAUACACUCUGGAGCUGCUGAGGGGGCAAUCACAAUGGUAACGAUAAUAAUAGUAAUUCACUUUUAUUUAUUGCUUAUCACGAGCGCUGGACUGAACAAUGGUCCUAAGACUUAUUGGCACCUGGACCCUCGGAACCUGUGAAUGUUACCUUCUGUGGCAUAAGGGACUGUGCAGGUGUAACAGAGUUGAGGAUUGUGGAUGGGGAGAUGAUUCUGGAUUAUCCAACUGGGCCCUGAAUAUAAGAUCAAGGGUUCUUAUAGGAGGGAGGCAAGAAGGUUACAGAGGAGAAGACAGUGUGAUGGUGGGAGCAAAGGUCGGAGGGAUGCAGCCAGGAUCCACAGAACGCCGCAGCCUCCAGGAGCUGAAAAGGCAGGAAUGGAUCCUCCCCAGAGCCCCCGGAAGGAACCAGCCCGGCUGACGUCUUGACUUUAGCCCAGUGAAACUGAUUUCAUACUUCUGGUCUCCAGAAUUGUAAGAGAAUAAAUUUGUAUUGUGUUAAUGAAGCCA